UAACCUCAAUUUUAGAGAGUCUUGAUUUGUGGAUGAAUUCGUUUUUCAGAUUUUUAAAGUCCAAUUAUUUUAACCAUAAGAAAUGUCGAAAGCUCAUCCCCCAGAGUUAAAAAAAUUUAUGGACAAAAAAAUGUCUCUUCAGCUCAAUGGAGGCCGGUGUAUAUCGGGAAUUCUGAGAGGAUUCGAUCCGUUCAUGAAUCUUGUCAUCGAUGAAACUAUAGAAGAGUGCAAAGAUGGUUCCAAAAAUAAUAUUGGGAUGGUUGUUGUUCGAGGAAAUAGCAUCAUCAUGUUAGAAGCAUUAGAUCGGCUUUAACUUAUAAUUUAAUAUAAUGCAUAUAAUAAGAUAUGACUGAAUCUGAGAAAUGUAGCAGUAUGAAUCUGAGAAUAAAGUUUGUAAGUUCGUA